AUGACGACUACAUCAAUGGUCCAACCGAAAUUUCUCUCGAAAGGUGACCAGCUCGCCGUCGUCGCCGUCGGCUUUUCUGGGGGACAAUGCAAACCUGGCGUUGACGCAGCACCGUCAGCUCUCAUCGCCAACGGCCUUCUCACCCAGCUCCGCGAGGACCUUGGCUACAAAUUGUACCACGAUGACACUGUACAUUCCUACAAAGACCUCCUCCCUGCCUCCGACCCCGACUACCGCGGGAUGAAAAACCCGCUCGCCGUAUCUGCAGUGACCAAAAAACUCUGCGAUCAAGUCUACGAACAUUCAAAGGAAGGGCGUCUCGUCCUAACACUUGGGGGUGAUCACUCCAUUGCCAUUGGCACCAUUGCUGGCACCGCGAAAGCUAUUAGGGAGAGACUGGACAGAGAAAUGGCGGUCAUCUGGGUCGAUGCGCACACGGAUAUCAAUACGCCAGAAACCAGCGAGAGCGGCAAUGUACACGGUAUGCCUGUUGCAUUCCUGAGCGGUCUUGCGAAAGAAGACAGAGAGGACGUCUUUGGCUGGCUGAAUAAGGACAAUCUCAUUAGCCUGAAGAAGUUGGUCUACAUUGGUCUUCGGGACGUCGAUCGAGGAGAGAAGUUAAUAUUGAGGGAGCACGGGAUCAAGGCUUUUAGCAUGCAUGAUAUUGACAGACACGGUAUCGGCAGGGUCAUGGAAAUGGCUCUUGGUCACAUCGGCAAUGAUACACCUAUUCAUCUCUCCUUCGACGUCGAUGCACUGGAUCCAAUGUGGGCUCCUAGCACUGGGACGCCGGUUCGAGGGGGCCUUACACUAAGGGAGGGCGACUUCAUUGCAGAGUGUGUUCAUGAGACUGGAUGCCUGGUUGCUAUGGACUUGGUGGAGGUCAAUCCAACGCUGGAGCCGGGCAUUGAUGAUAUUGGUGCGCAGCAAACAGUCAGAUCUGGUUGUUCCCUCGUGAGGUGUGCGCUGGGUGAGUCUUUGUUGUAG